AUGGCACCCAUGACGGUCACGCCUGUGCGACUACGACAUCGAUGUGAGUCCUUUCCUUCUUUGAACAGAUUUCUUAUUAAAUUACACAACCCAAUAAAUUGA